GCUCCCAGAACCAGGCCAGGGCCCAGGGACAGGAAGGCCGGAUGGGACCCCAUGCUGAGCCCCCAGGACCCAGGGGCAAGCAGCACCAGCCUGGCCCAGGGAAGACAGAAGGGAUCCACAGACUCGCAAGCUGAGCCCAGGGACUGAGCGGGAGGCCAGGCUACAGGGUGGAAGGGAAGGUCCAGAGGCAGUGGGCUAAGGCAGAGCUGCAGGGAAAGGAGCCGCAUGGUGGGCUGCGUGCCUGAGCCCCUUGCCUGCUCCUCAUCUGGUGCCAUUUGUGUCGGAUACCCAAGUCUACGCCCAGGUCAUCCACAGUAUCCCCAGUGACACCUGAUAGGAGAGGCCUCAGGGCUCCUUAGCUCUUGGGCAGUGCCCACCUGCACCCCAGAACCCUGUGCCCUGUGCCACCACCAGGCCUGGGAGCCAGGGAAUCAGGAGCUCCUUGACUCUGCCCCCUAAAAAUUGGUCUGGGCUUGUCUGACACCCGUAAGGUCACUACAGCCACCUCCAUGGACAGAGGGAAGGCAAGUCUGGGGGCCUGCAGGGGCAGCAGACGGAGCAGGCCAGGGUGGGGGAGGGUGGGGGCCAUCCGCCUCUAACCCGCCCUCCCCUAGCACAUCUGGCCUGGUCCCGGGUCUGCCCCUGCCCACAAUCCAUGCGGAAUCCCCUUGCUGGUGGGCAGGUCCCCCACCCCAAUCUGGCUACGCUCGACCUGGUGGACAGGAGCCCGAGAAACGCAGGGACCUCCAGUUCUGUCCCAGCCUUGGAGGAGGGCAGCAUGGACCCCUGGGCCCUCUCUCAGCUGAAGGACACAGGCCAGCUGAAAGCGUUCAGCAUGGCUGGCAGGAUGCGCAGGACGGUCGUCGGCCUUCUCAAGGCCUGUGGGCUCCUGUGCAGCCUCUACUUCUUCAUCUGCUCCCUGGAUAUCCUCAGCUCUGGCUUCCAGCUGCUGGGCAGCAGAAUGGCUGGAGACGUCUUCAAAGACAACGUGGUGCUGUCCAACCCUGUGGCGGGACUGGUCAUCGGUGUGCUGGUCACGGUGCUUGUGCAGAGCUCCAGCACAUCUUCCUCCAUUGUGGUCAGCAUGGUGGCCUCCAAGCUGCUGAGCGUCCAGGCGUCUGUCCCGAUCAUCAUGGGUGUCAACGUGGGCACCUCCAUCACCAGCACCCUGGUCUCUAUGGCACAGUCAGGGGACCGGGACGAGUUUCGUAGGGCCUUCAGUGGCUCGGCUGUGCAUGGCAUCUUCAACUGGCUCACGGUGCUGGUCCUGCUGCCCCUGGAGAGUGCCGUGGCCCUGCUGCAGAGGCUGAGUGCGCUGGCCCUGGGCGUCGCCCGCCUGCAGCCUGGGGCACGGCCCCCCGACGUCCUCAAGGCACUGACAAAGCCACUCACACACCUCAUCGUGCAGCUGGAUGGCGAUCUGAUAGCCAGCAGUGCCACUGGCAACAACACCACCAGCAGCCUCAUUAGGCAGUGGUGCGGUCGCAGCAGGGAGCCGAGCCAGGGCCACAGCAAUGGAACUGGAGCCCUCAGCCCCUGCGCCGGGAAGAACAGCUCAGCCCUCGAAGACAGGCUGCCCUGCCGCCACCUGUUUGUGGGCUCGGUGCUCACAGAUCCAGCCGUGGGCUGCAUCCUGCUGGCCGGCUCCCUGCUGGUGCUGAGCGCAUGCCUGGUCCUCAUUGUCAAGCUGCUCAACUCUGUGCUUCGAGGUCGUGUUGCCCAGGCUGUGAGGACCGUCAUCAACGCAGGUGUUGGGGUGAUCAGCCUGGACCGGGCGUACCCACUGCUCCUGGGCUCCAACAUUGGCACCACCACCACGGCCCUGCUGGCUGCCCUGGCCAGCCCCUCAGACAUGCUGCUCUCUGCCGUCCAGGUCGCCCUUAUCCACUUCUUCUUCAACCUUGCUGGCAUUCUGCUGUGGUACAUGGUGCCUGUCCUGCGGUUGCCCAUCCCACUGGCCAAGCACUUUGGGGACCUGACUGCCCGCUACCGCUGGGUGGCCGUCGUCUACCUGCUGCUCACCUUCCUGCUGCUGCCCCUGGCAGUCUUUGGGCUCUCUCUGGCAGGGGGCACGGUGCUGGCCACUGUCGGAGCGCCCCUGGUGGGGCUGGUGCUCCUCCUCAUCCUGGUUAACGUCCUGCAGCGGCGCCGACCAUCCUGGCUGCCCCGCAGCCUUCGCUCCUGGGCCUGGCUGCCCCUCUCUCUCCGAUCUCUGGAGCCCUGGGACCGCCUCGUGACCCACUGCUGCCCACGCAGGGCCUGCACUCGCCCCCAGACGGCCACCAAAGAGGCGUGCUGCUACGAGACUCCUGAGGUCCUGGCCUCCCAGCAGUUUUGAAGGGUGGGUGCCCGCCUACCCUUCCAGCCCCAUCGGGCUGAGACUGGUGCUGUUGGAGAGCUGGCCUGCCAUGUGUCCCUGCGGGCACAAUUCUUCUGAGGCGCUGCACCCUUUUGCAAAUAAACGAGGGUGUUACCCAGGAGUGGUGGUCUCUCCCUAGACGGGGCUUCCAGGGAAGGGUCCCGCUGGAGCUGGAGGCGCGGCUCGAUGCUGCCCCUAGCGGACACUCAGGGGCCAGGGGCAGGUGAUAUUCCUC